UGCAGCCCUGAAAACAGGGGAAGAGAGGUCCGUAGCCACUUUGGCUCAUGCCGUUUGUGCUUCAAGCGUUUUUGCACAGGAUCCGUUGCAGAGUCUUAUUUUCGUGAUAACGAAUUGCAUGUAUGCCAGCGCCCACCGUGCAUCGUUUUGUUGCGACAUGCCGCUCGAAACGGGCAGCGGCGGCAGUAGUGUUGUCUUCGUUGUGCAGUACAGCACGUGCCACAAACAUCGGGGCGGCCAAGGGCGCACACGCGUCACAGGCGCGUGAAGACUCAGGAUGCUCAGACGUGUUCAUGAUGCAGACCUCAGCGGGUCUGUCGCAUGAGCUGUCGCAUGGCUCUGCGCCAGUUCGACGCACUGCCACGCCAGCACCCACGUGUGUAGAUAGCAAUCUCGGGGCUACGAACAGGAUGGGCGAGGAUUGCUCAGUCUAUCAGCACGAUCCUGCAGAACCGUUUUCAGGCAUCUGCUUCGACCCCUACUACGACGAUGACGAUUUCACCUCAUCAAUGUGCUGCGUGUGUCCAGCGGAGUGCCCUGCUCUCCCAGAGCUGCCGCAGCACUCCCUGCCGAACGCCAGUGAGUGUGAGGACUGGGUCGCCUUCGACCCCUCCAACGACGAUGGCUUUGGGAGGGCAUCUCAUUCAAAUCUUGGCGGAUUGGGCCCACAGCACGGCAAGCCCAAGGAACUCAGAUAUUACUCAGUCGGGAAGCUUUCAGAUGGGACUGCCAUCGACAUGGUCGUCACAAACACAAGCAGCUACAUCCCGAGAAACACCAAUUGGAAUAAGAUUGAAAAUAAAUUUGCGUUGAUUAACCUUUUAAUCGGUGAGUCUGUCAAGCUGAACGCAGAAUUUGUCAGAAGCCACACCUUCUGCCCAGAGGUGCCAGUCCUGCCAAAAAUCACGUUCUGCGACCUUGACCGCUACGAGCCUGGGCAGAAAGAAGUCCUUGUUCUCGACGGCAUUAGCGCUCUCUACACGGUCGGCGACGACAUCGACUUUACGUUGGAGCUGUUUGAGCACGCAUCUCUCGCAAGUGGCAGCCCGGUUCCGAUGACCACCUACGCCACGUCAUCGGUUCAGACAUCGAUUGUUGGCAGGACGUCCAAGAAGUACACCCACAGCUCUGUCGGCAGGUUCGGGAUGAAGGCAACCUCUGAGAUGCUCGGUCACGGCUGCGACAACCCCACGGACCCAAACGCGCUGAGCAACAUCACCUGCGACGGCAUCACCGUGGACCAGGCGAAGCGGUGCUUCAUGGUCGAGCUCUCGGGCACCAGCCAGUUCUCCAUCGGCUUCGAGGUGCUGUCGGAUCAGCCCCCUGGGUACGUCCACACUUGGGGGCGCAACUUCGCCAUGGCUGGCACGUCGAGCUUCUUCGCCGACGUGGACAGCCAACCCUGCACGAUCGCCCCGACGCCCUCCCCGACGCCUCCGACGCCCUCUCCGACGCCUGCUCCGACGCCUCCGACGCCCUCUCCGACGUCCUCGCCGACCGAGGUCCGGGUGAGCGCCUCCGGCGACCCACACCUGGUCAACGUGCACGGGCAGCGCUUCGACGUGCUGCAGCCCGGCACCCACGUGCUCCUCCACGUGCCCCUGGGGGCGCACCCUUCGCACGUGCUCCUCCGCGUCGAGGCCGAGGCCCAGCAGCUCGGCGGCUCCUGCGAGGACACGUACUUCGUGGCCGUCAACAUCACUGGGCGGUGGGCGGGGCCUGAGGCCCUGGCGCACGGGACCGGCGAGGGGCGUCGGGGCCUCGUGUUCCGGGCGGGCGGCGACGCGGCGGCGCGCCCGGACGCGGCGUGGAUGUCCUUCGGGACGGUGUCGCUGAAGGUGGUUCAUGGCCGCACCCGCGCGGGGGUGGCGUACCUGAACCUCUACGCUCGCAAUCUGCUGAAGGCGGGCUACCUCAUCGGGGGGCUCCUCGGCGAAGGCGAUCACACGGAGGUGGCCGCCCCGAACCCGAGCUGCAAGCGGGUCGUCAGCCUGCUCCAUGUCGAGGGCCCAAAGUGAUGGUGCCUGGUCGCUGCAUGUAGUGGCUCUUGUUAUAGCGACUGUCAUCCCCCCAGACUCGUCCUCGUUAUCCUCCUCCUCUUCCGGGAAGAGCGGGCGAGGAGUCCGCUCGACCUCUCUUCCUCUUCCCGUUUCUACGCCUGCCUGCCAUCCGUAGCACUGCUUGCAGCAGGGCAACGCUACCGUCAACUUUUGAGGAUUGUCCUCGCUUGCGAAGAGCCACGAGGCCGCUUGGGCCCGUCUGGCUGAAACAUUUGGGCUUCUGCCCGCCUUCUUUUUGAUGCUGGUAUCUUGCAGGUACUUCUUCUCCCGUCGGAGGCAAGACCGCUCGAAUUUUCUUUGUGGCUCUUGUGCACAAGCCGGGGAAGAGAAAAC